GCAAACACGCUACCUGAAUCUUCUCUCAGUCUGCCUCCAUCCCACAUGUACGGCAGUAGGCUCAAUCCAAAUUCAGCCAUGGCAGCACUUAUAGCUCAGUCUGAAAACAGCCAAGCAGAUCAAGAUCUCGGAGAUAAUAGCCGCAGCCUCGUUGGCCGAGGAGGUUCACCCAGAGGAAGUCUCUCACCACGAUCCCCUGUAAGCAGCUUGCAGAUUCGCUAUGAUCAAUCAGGGAACAGUUGUGGGGAAAACUUGCCCCCAGUAGCAGCCAGCAUAGAACAGCUUCUGGAGAGGCAAUGGAGUGAAGGACAACAGUUUUUGUUAGAGCAAGGCACCCCCAGUGACAUUCUAGGAAUGCUUAAGUCGUUACACCAACUGCAGGUUGAAAAUAGGCGAUUAGAAGAACAGAUAAAGAAUCUGACUGCCAAGAAGGAGCGGCUUCAGCUACUCAAUGCACAGCUUUCAGUGCCCUUUCCUACAAUAACUUCAAAUCCCAGCCCUUCUCAUCAAGUACAUGCCUUUCCAGUACAAGCAGCACCUAGCACUGAUUCCUUGAACAGCAGUAAAAGCCCUCAUCUGGGAAACAGUUUUUUACCAGACAAUUCUCUUCCUGUAUUAAAUCAGGAGAUAACCUCCAGCGGACAAAGCACCAGCAGUUCAUCAGCUCUUUCCACUCCACCACCUGCUGGGCAGAGUCCAGCUCAGCAAGGCUCAGGAGUCACCGGAGUUCAACAGGUCAAUGGUGUGACAGUGGGGGCACUCGCAAGUGGAAUGCAGACUGUAACCUCCACCAUUCCUGCAGUGCCUGCUGUGGGUGGAAUCAUUGGAGCGCUGCCAGCCGGCCAGCUGGCCAUCAACGGCAUCGUAGGGGCUCUAAACGGGGUCAUUCAGACCCCGGCAACAAUUUCACAGAACCCUUCUCCGCUCACUCACGCGCCCAACACGACGCAUCCGCUGCCAACCACAUUGAGUAACAGUGCCUCGGGACUAGGAUUACUUCCUGAUCAACAGCGACAACUUCUACUCCAUCAACAGCACCAGCAAUUUCAACAAUUACUAAGUACCCAGCAGCUCACGUCAGAACAACAUCAGGCCCUUUUGUAUCAAUUAGUACAGCAACAACAUCACCACCACCAACACCACCAGUCUGAAGUGCAGCAGUUGCAGAUCACUGGAGGAGCGCAGAUCCCCAUAAACAACUUGCUGUCGGGCACGCAGGCCUCACCACUUAACGCAGCUACUGCUAACCCCUUCCUUACAAUUCAUGGAGAUAACGCAGCUCAGAAGGUGACAAGGCUCAAUGAUAAAACUGGAUCAGUUGCGUCAGAGAAGAGUUGA